AUGGCGUCGUCCAUCUCUGAGCUAAGCUCGACGAUCCAGAGCCAGAUCAAGGGCGUUGUGCUGUUCGGGUACACCAAGAACCUGCAGAACCUGGGUCGCAUCCCCAACUUCCCGAGCUCCAAGACGGAGGUGUACUGCGGCGCCACCGACGCAGUGUGCUUUGGCACCCUCUUUAUCUUGCCGGCGCACUUCCUUUACCAGACGGAGGCUGCUGUGUCUGCGCCGCGAUUCCUGGCUGCCCGUAUUGGAUGA